AUGAAAAAGCAGAGCGGCCCGGUUAAGGGGAAGUGCCGGGAUGACGGGCUUGCUGCCGCCGCCCUCAAGCAGAGGGGCGCGGAGACCACACAGCAGAAGGAGAAAAAGGCAAAUGAGAAGGAGGAGGAACCCGGGAGCUCUGUGGCUUCGCUGCUCGCAGGUCCCAGCACCGAUGGCAUGCCCGUGCCCUGA